UCUUCCUCUUCCUCUCCUUUUUCUAUAGAAAAAUCCCCUGGCAAAACCCAAGGCCCGAGCUUCGAUUCUUCUAUUGUUGGCAAAGUUGAAAAGUACCAACCCAUCUUAUAGCUAUCUCCCUCAUCCAAGGCCACUAUGAUUUUUCUAAUUCAAUCCUUUUCUCUGCCUUCGUUGAGAACAAUUAAGAAUUACUCUUUUGUUAAUUAAUUAACAUAUAUAUAAAAGGGGGAAUGCCAUAUCUCAAAAGAGGUGCUUGUGGUGGUGAUGUGGUCAAUGGUUAUUGGCUAGAGAGUGUUAGUCCAAAAUCUGUGCUCCUCACGUGAGUUUACUUUGGAUUCCAUUGUUCCUUCAAAAAAAAAAGUGUCCUAUGACAGAUAUUUACCACUGUUUUCAUCUCACUUUCUCCGUCUCGGUCUCCCUCAGAGCUCAGACGAACACUCUUCCUCUCUUGCUCUCCCUCUCUCUCAAACGAUGACCGAAUCUAUCAUUCAUCUACACGCUUUCUUUCUUCUUUGUUAAUCAACAAAAAGAAGAAAACAAAGAAGGCACUUUGAUGUUUUUGGGUUUAGUUUUUGUUUCUUUCUUUAUUUUCUUGAAUUUGCAGUUACUCACAAUCACAUUUUGCUUCUCAUAGAUUGAGGACAAUGGAUUGAAAGUCCACGAGAAGGACAACUUUUCAGGUUGUGCGAUUUUCUUUAAUUUAUUUUUUCGGUUAAGAUCCUUCCAGUUUGAUUCAAGAUGGGCUCUUGCCUUCGAUGAUGGCUUUGAUCUCUGAUAGGCUGCUUAGACAUCCUAAUACAGAUGUCAGGAUUUCAGUUAUGUCUUGCAUCUGUGAGGUGUUAAGGAUUAGUUCUCCGCAUCAACCUUAUGAGAAUGAAAGAAUGAAGAUAUUUUUCGGUUCACUUUAGCUGCAUUCAAGAAGUUGUCGCUUUUCUCUGGUCGCUGCUAUGCUAAAGCUUUGCACAUUCUUGAAAUCGUUGCGAAGGUCAAAUGCUGCAUCAUCUUGCUGGACAUAGGCUGCGACUCAUUGGUCACUAAAAUCUUCGAAGUCCUUCUAAGUACCAUUAAGUUCAACCACCCACAAGCUGUAUUCUCAUACAUGGAAGAUAUUAUGACUUGGCUUUUAGAUGAGAGUGAUGACAUCCCAUUGGGUCUUUUAAAGCCGAUUCUAGCUAGUGUGCAAAAGGAAAACCAGUGAAGUUGAUGAGGCUAGAUAUUAAUGAUUAUGCCGAUAUAGUUGCUUCAUUAUGCCGAGAAAUGCCAGCUGGGGACAAUGUGGGCUGAUAUCUGCUCAUUUGGAAUCCACCACACUGGAGUUGGCUCAUGGUCAUGCACCAUUCUCGAAAUAUCCCCCAAUGAAGGUUCCUUUGAUGACCAUACAAAAUGCGCCUCCUGGACUUGAUUAUGACCGCGAUAAAAAGUUCCCCAAGUGUUUUAAAGAAAUGGUUGCAAUGUGCUUGGUGAAAGACUUGACAAAGAGGCUAACUGCAGAGAAACUAUUGAAACAUUCCUUUUUCAAGAAUGCAAAGCCUCCAGAGCUUUCUGUGCAAAAAGUCUCUGCUGACUUACCUCCGUUGUGGAAUCAUGUUAAGGCAAAUUUGAGUCUUAAGGAUGCUGCACAACUAGCUUUGAAGAAAAUGCCUUCAGCUAAACAGGAAGCAUUAUCACACGUCUAAGACAUCAGAAGAAUUUAUUGGCUGUUUGAUCUUUUAUUUGUAACUUUCUGAAUGUACAUUAAUUUUGUGCUCAAUCUUAGUUUAGAUAAAUCUUAGUUUAGAUAUUAGUUCGAUUAUUUUUUGUAGGUAUCAUCUGGGACUUUUUCAGCAAAAAAAAUGCAGAUUUAGUACAUUCAUUCUCA